AUGCACAUCCUCGCCCUCCUCACCCCUCUCCUCCUCCUCUCCCCAGCAGUCCUCUCCGCCAAACCUCCCAAGAAUGCGAUCCUCCUGUCAAACGUGAAAACCCUCACGCUGCGCUCCAACGCGCAAACCUCGCACCGCCGCGUCUCCGCCGUCCCGCAACUGACCUGCAAAGGGCCCGGCUGUCGUCACCACAAGCUUGACAUCCUGCGCUGCACCAACGCCGGCAGUGACUACAACACGGAGGACAUCCAAUGGACGUGCACCGCGAACAUGCCGGCGGAAUUCAAGCUGGGGAGCACGGAUGUGCAGUGUGAGGGGUAUGCGCAUCGCGAUGAUGAGUAUGUGUUGAAGGGGAGUUGUGCGGUGGAGUAUCGGUUGUUGUUGACGGAGUUGGGGGAGGAGAAGUAUGGAAGUAGCUGGGGAGGAGGUGGGUCGGGUGAGGGUUGGAAUAUGGGAAGUGUGUUGUUUGUGGUGGCCUUUUUGGGAAUUGCCGGGUGGAUUCUGUAUUCGUUAUUUACGGCACCUCAUGGAGCGCAACCGGGAGCGAGACGACAACCUGGUUUCUGGGGUGGAGGAUGGGGUGGUGGGCCUGGAGGUGGAGGUCCUGGUGAUGAUGGGUGGGAUCCUCCACCUCCGUAUCCGGGGAAGAGAAAUACGUAUGGGAGUUCGAGAAGUAAUGAGAGUUGGCGACCGGGAUUCUGGUCUGGAACGGCAGCUGGAGCGGCAGCUGGGUAUCUGGCGGGCAAUAGAGGUGGAAGUCAGAGACAACAACCUCCUGCAAAUAGUAGUUCUGGAUGGGGCAUGCCAACUAGGUCUACAUCAGGCUCGAGCUCUUCCUCUAGGCACGAAAGUUCUGGGUUUGGGUCUACAUCAAGAAGAUAA